UCCAGCCCCAGCCAUGUCCUGCUACGACCUGUGCCGGCCCUGCGGCCCCACCCCACUGGCCAACAGCUGCAACGAGCCCUGUGUCCGGCAGUGCCAGGACUCCCGCGUGGUCAUCCAGCCAUCACCCGUGGUGGUCACCCUGCCCGGGCCCAUCCUCAGCUCCUUCCCGCAGAACACCGCCGUGGGAUCCUCCACCUCCGCCGCCGUGGGCAGCAUCCUGAGCGAGGAGGGAGUGCCCAUCAACUCAGGGGGCUUUGGGCUCUCGGGGCUCUCUGGCCUCGGUGGCCGCUACUGCGGCCGCAGGUGCCUGCCCUGCUAGAGCCAGCCCGCAUGUCCAGCGAGUGCCUCCCCAGGCCAA